AAGCCAGGCACGGGCAGACGCGCCCGCUGACGAUGGCUCCAUUCGGUCCGUGCGGGGCGCUGACCCCCACGCCCAUCCCCUCAUCCUACAUUUCCCGGCGGCGCGCGCGCAGGGCGGCGCCGCAGGAAGCGCGGCGCGGGUCUUUCCGGCCGUGCGCGCGCCCCGAGCGGAGGCGCGCCCCGAGCCUGCACCGACGAGACAAGAUGGCCGGGCUGCCCCGCAGGAUCAUCAAGGAAACCCAGCGCUUGCUGGCAGAGCCAGUCCCUGGGAUAAAAGCGGAGCCAGAUGAAAGCAACGCACGCUAUUUUCAUGUGGUCAUUGCAGGUCCACAGGAUUCCCCCUUUGAGGGUGGGACAUUUAAACUUGAACUAUUCCUUCCAGAAGAAUAUCCAAUGGCAGCUCCUAAAGUACGUUUCAUGACCAAAAUUUACCAUCCUAAUGUAGACAAGCUGGGAAGAAUAUGUUUAGAUAUUUUGAAAGAUAAAUGGUCCCCAGCUUUGCAGAUCCGUACAGUUCUGCUAUCAAUCCAGGCUUUGUUAAGUGCUCCCAAUCCAGAUGAUCCACUAGCAAAUGAUGUAGCUGAGCAAUGGAAGACCAAUGAAGCCCAAGCCAUAGAAACAGCCAGAGCAUGGACUAGGCUAUAUGCCAUGAAUAAUAUUUAAAUGCGCUUUGAACAUCAAGUGUGCAUCACUUCUCCUGUUCUGCCAAGACCUCUUCCUUUUUUUGUUUGCAUUUAAUGGACACAGUCUUAGAAACAUUACAGAAUAAAAGCCCAGACAUCUUCAGUCCUUUGGUGAUUAAAUGCACAUUAGCAAAUCUGUGUCUUGUCCUAAUUCACUAUUGUACCGCAUGAGCAGAGGCUAGAAGUAUCAUCUGGAUUGUUGUGAAAUUGUUUGAAAGCAGCAGCACAUCUCUGCUUUUAAUAAUUUUUCCUGUCAUGGUUUAAGUAUAAGCACUGUGAAUGAAGGUAGGCAGGGUUAGCUGCGGGGCUUUUUGUUUUAAUUUUGUGGGCUCCUCCUCCCUUUUUAUGGUGAUGCUAAUUGCAUUGGUAAAAGCAGCUAACCAGUUAUACUUUAGAAUAUACCCUCUAGCCCAGUCUAACUUAGACGCUGUAGAUGGACAAGCUUCAUUGUUUGAACAAAAACCGGGAACAUUAAACAUCCAUCACCUUCACUAAUACUAUAGUGAUUCUGCUGUCGAGUGUAGAAAAAUCCCUCCAAGAAAAAGCUUGUGACCAUUUUGUAUGGCUUGUCUGGAAAAUCUCCUGUAAAUCUUAUGUUUUAGUAAAAUAUUUUUUGUUAUUCUACUUUGCCUUUGUAUAGUUUAUUUUGCUGUGUUUUCAUUUCUCUGUGACAAUCGUAUUUAAAAAAAUUGAGUCCAGAACUGACAAUUUUUCUUCACCAGUCUGACAUAUUUAACAGUAAAGAGGGGGAAUUCGCAAGUUCUUUUGGGUUUUUUUUGUUUGUUUUAUUUUGGUUUUUUUUGUUUUUCUUCUUCUGUUUCCUGUAUUUUGUGUUAUACGGGUGACCUUUCCUGGACAAUUUAAUAGGAAAUUGCAUUUGGAGUGACUUUUAGAGAAAGUCUGAUGAAAAAAUUUUAACCUUAAUUUUAGUAAUGUGUCAGUGUGUGUUUUCAUGGAAAUAACCAGAAUUAAAUAGGAGGUUGAGAGCAAAUGACAGCAUUAAUUAUGAGUAUCUGCGUAGCAGCACGGUUUUCUAACUUCUUUAAUUCCUGCCCCUUAUUAACUUGAAAUUCCAGUGUGCAGAACCACUGUUAGAGCCUGCUUAUGUAUUGACUGAUGCCUGCUUAGCUACUUACAGCUAGCAACUCAUACCCCUCGUUUUCUCUACAAGCCUUAUUAAGCUACUUGCUUGAGCAACCGGUCAGCUUAAAUAGCAACAAAGCUUCUUUAUUGGAGGGAAGGAAAGUGGUGAAAAAAUUCCUUCUCAUCCUUGUUUUUUGUGUAUGCAUUCUGUCUAGGAUCUUUUCUGGGAACCCAUCUAAUUGGGUUCCCUUCAUUUCUUGUAUCUCUAUUCUCUUCCUUUCCCCAAGCCCUCUCCCUCACAAAACCAACCAACCAACCAAAAAGCUUAAAAGCUUUUGGCAAGGCCGACCUGAAGUGUAUAAAUGACAGCUUGUAGUGGUUGCAGUAGGGAGUGUUUUGUCAUGCAAUUCAGGGGUAUGGUUAUGUAGUCUAUUGGUAUUCUCCCUCUUUCACCUCUUCUUCCUCUAGUGUCAUCUGAAAUUUCUAUAGAAUGUGGUGUAUUUAUUGUGCUCUUAUGUAAGAUGAAGAAUAUCUAUUAAAACUAUGUUUUCCAACAGACAGUGCUUUCAGUGGUUAGUAACUGGUAUUGUCCCUUGAAGUUCUCUGCAACAUGGUUGAAGAAUGGUUCAAAAUUUAACUUUUUCACUAAACUGAGUCAUAAAAAACUGUUUUAAAAGUAGUUUCUGUGUUGAAUGUAAGCCAAACAGGUCCAGGGCUUGUGACCUGUUCUUCAGAGUGGGUAAGCACCAUUAACCCUCUCUUCUUAGAAAUGUCUGUUUGGGGUUGGCUGGCAUAUAUCCUGGAUCUGCUGCUAGCAUAGAUAACUUUUGUAGCAGGCAGCUGAGAAUAAGCGAGUUAUGCUGUAAACUCUGGAUUCACUUCACCUACUUCUUAAUGCUUUACCUUACACUACAUAUACAACUUUCCUCAGCUCUGUCUCUAGUCCAAGGGCUGGUGGCACCACUGGAGGACAGUUACACCCACCUAAACAUCCUGUUUGAGAUUGGCUAUCCCUCCCUUCAGUAGAAGAAACAAGACCUGAGCUGGCUCUUAAACAGUUUUAACUUCAUAGGUGGGAUGAAUCCAGACUCAGAUAGUAUAUAUUAAUAAUACUUACUUUACUUUUAAACCUGAUUUAAAAGCCCUGUAUAAAGUCAAGCUGGGAAUUUCAUUCCAGCUUUGUGCCAAGGAAUGUGUGACAGGCUAAAUUCUUUGAAGCUAGUAAGAUACAACCUUUUCCCCAGUUAAGCAGGUGUAUAUUCCCAGUUGUUAUGUGAAACUCAGUUAUUUCUCUUACACCUACCAUUGCAGCUGAUUAGCAAAUGCAGCUGUCUUUUAGGGAGUGUUAGUUUUAUCUCCAUUUUUAGUAUGCGUCUAUUGGAUCAAUUUACAGUAACUUUAAAAUAACUGGGUUUCUUCUACCAUUACUGGUGCUAUGUGUCAAAGGUCCUAAAAUCCUGAGCAGGAGUGAUGACAUUGCAUUUUAUGUGUCAGUGUUUGGGUAGUAACUGUGUAGCUGUUGAGCCUGGGUUAUCACAUGGGCUCUGUAACCACACAUGCAAAAAACACUUUUGCAGUAGUUUCCUGUAGCUCAAGAGGAAGCCUUUGGUUUUGCAUAAAUAUUCAGUGGUGGUCUCUUCACGUAUAGCCAUGUUCUGUCAUGGGUAUGAAGCAUAUGAUUAUUGGGAACUGAUGGAACAGAUUUUUGGAUCUUAGCUGACUUUAGUCUAAACCAAGUGAAACAUUGCCUCAAUAGCUUUCAAGUAAUUGUAUUUUUAAGAUGUUGAGACUAUUGUGGAACAUCUUAAUGGGCUAGUGACAUCAAAAAUUGUGACAUCUCUAUUUAUAUACAUUCCUUCUUGGGUUGGGAUUUUUUUUUUUGGUUGUUUUGAGGGUUAAAGUAAAAUGUCUGGUAGGUUUUGUCAAUAACAUGUCUUGACUGUAAUGUAAUAUGACACUGAAAUAAAAGGAAGAGUGAUUAUUCAUUA